CGGUGCUUUUGUGUUUCUUGCGUUGGCAGCGAUCACUCUACACAUGAGUCGGAAGUGAGGAUCGCCAUUUUGCGUAAUUUUUGAGAUAAUGGCUGGCAGACUCUUGUCGAUGAGGGCUCUGCCCCUCAGGGUGUCGUUCCAGAAAGCUUCCAUGAGCGAUAUGCGCUCCAUUAUCGGUAAUAGGGAAAUCGUAGGUUUUGGGUACAACGGACAGCCCAACUACGCGGAUCGCCCAGAUUUCCCCCUACCGGCUAUCCGAUGGAAGGAAAGCACGGCAGACAUUCAAGCCCUACGAGAAAAAGAGAAGGGUGAUUGGCGAAAAUUGAGCCUUGAGGAGAAAAAAGCGCUUUAUAGAGCGUCCUUCUGUCAAACGUUUUCAGAAAUGAAAGCCCCCACGGGAGAGUGGAAGUCGGUGAUAGGGUGCGCCCUCAUGUUAAUGUCGCUGGGUUUCUGGGGCUACUACUUCAUGAAGACUUUCGUGUACGGUCCGCUACCUGAGAGUUUCAAGGAAGAAAAUAGAAGUGCGCAGUUGAGGCGUAUCAUCGAUUUGCAAGUUAACCCCAUCCAGGGUCUUGGUUCAAAGUGGGACUACGAAAAGGACGAGUGGAAGAAGUAAUUUCGUUCGAGUAUUGAAUGAGUGACAAAUUCAUUCGGUGUGUUAGUUAAUUUAGCCCACUUUUAAAUUACAGUCCAUGUAAUUAAACGUUUCUUUACUUA